UCCGCCCACCUAUUUGCGCUAUUGUGUGUUUAGGGUGUUUCGUUUAUGUUCGCCGCAGAUUUUUUGUGAGAUUGUGUUUUGGUUUUAUGGGCCUCGUGGACCAAAGGUAAAAAUUGGGCAAGGAAAUAAAAGACAAGGGGCAACAUUUUGAGCUCUGGCUCUAUUCUGAAAAGAAAAUAAUAUCACGACAAGGGUGACAAGUGUCGAGGCCAGACAUGGAUGACGAUGAUCAAUAUCCGUCGGGAUACGACGUAGGUUCUUUUCCCAAGGAUUUUGGCUACACGACUUUCGAUGGAGAGGGAGAUGGAUCGUCUGGUCCAUUAACAGGAGAUCAAAAACCCAGAAUUCUUCUAAUGGGUCUUAGACGGAGUGGUAAAUCUUCCAUUCAAAAAGUUGUUUUUCACAAAAUGUCCCCGAACGAGACGCUCUUUUUGGAAAGCACAAACAAAAUCAUCAAGGACGAUAUUUGCAACUCAAGCUUUGUGCAAUUUCAAAUCUGGGACUUUCCAGGACAGAUCGAUUUUUUCGAUCCAACUUUUGAUAGCGAUAUGAUUUUCGGUGGCUGCGGUGCUUUAGUUUUUGUGAUUGACGCUCAAGACGAUUACAUGGAAGCGUUGAACAAAUUACAUCUUACGGUCACUAAAGCCUACAAAGUCAACCAAUCGAUUAAAUUUGAGGUGUUCAUUCAUAAAGUCGAUGGAUUGUCUGAUGAUUACAAGAUGGAAACACAGAGGGAUAUUCAUACGAGGGCCAAUGACGAUUUGGUUGAUUCUGGGUGCGAUCAAAUACACUUGAGCUUCCAUCUCACAUCUAUUUAUGAUCAUAGUAUAUUUGAGGCUUUCAGCAAAGUUGUACAGAAGUUAAUCCCACAGUUACCUGCCUUAGAGAAUUUGCUAAAUAUUCUCAUUUCCAAUUCUGCGAUCGAGAAAGCUUUUCUCUUCGAUGUUGUCUCAAAAAUCUACAUUGCAACAGACAGUUCUCCGGUCGAUAUGCAAAGUUACGAACUCUGUUGUGAUAUGAUAGACGUCGUUAUCGAUGUUUCGUGUAUAUAUGGUUUAAGGGAAGACCUAGAAGCAGCAGCCUUCGACAGUCAAAGUUCUAGUUUAAUUAAACUAAAUAAUGGUACAAUUCUCUACCUGCGAGAAGUGAACAAAUUCUUAGCUCUUGUUUGUAUAUUGCGUGAAGACAGCUUUGAAAGACAGGGUGUGAUAGAUUAUAAUUUUCUCUGCUUCCGAAACGGAAUCCAGCAGGUUUUCGAGCUGCGUAACAAAUCAUUGGCGGCUGCAAGCGCGAACAAUCAUUCGACAUCUCCAGUUAGUAUAAAUGAAACAAAUAUGCCUUCUGUCACGCAAUCCGGACAAAAUGGAACCAUCGUCUUAGCUCAAAGUUAACAAUCCACUUUUCACCAAGGCCAUAUAAAACAAAAUCCAUCGUAGACCUUCAGGAGCAUAUCGUUGAAAAAAAAAUCAUUCGGUGCUAAAUUUUCCUGUCGUUCAUUCCACAUUUAAUUGUUAUAAUUGUACAGAUGUUCAAUUUUUUUUUCAUUUCGAACCACUUAUUAUGUUACGAAAACAUUUUAGCGACCUAUACAUGACUUGAAACAACGAAUCAUUUAAUGGUUGAAAUUAUAUUUUCUUUAUUUCCUUUUCUUUUUGUAAAUGUGUAUUGAGUUUAGGAUGUUUUUUGAAAUCUCUCUUUUUUCUAGACGUUUAUGUAAUUGUAAUACAAAUAGAUAUUCCUAAUGUGUUUAGUGUGUAAUUAAUUAUAAUUAAGUGUACUGUAAAUGUUAUCAAGUGAGACGUAAGUUGUGUUUGGUAUCGUGAAAGCAUUUUUAUACAGUCUGAACGAUAUAUGAUGAAUGGGUUCUGAUAAUUGUGUAGUAUAUUAUAAAUAAAUAAAUAUUCAUAUGCAGACUCUCGAGUCCAAUGUAAAAUAUACAAAAUUCGAACUACUGAAUUAAUAUUGCAAGAAAGGAUUAAAAUGUAUAUAAAUGAACGUUACUCCUGUACGAAUCUUGUAUCUAGAACCUUAAAUUAUGCAUGUAACUUCAAAAUCUAAUAUAUUUUUAAAACCA